AUCAGUGAACGACAUGCCGCUGAAGCGAGACGAUACUCAGCGAGCGCUGCGGCUGAUGGAGGCCUGCUCCGAUGGGGUCAAAGGGAAGGAGGCGGAGAAACUGCUCAACAUCUUCCAGAGUGACUUGUUUCAGGCGUUGCUCGACAUCCAGGAAUUCUACGAGCUAGCGGUGUGCGAAAGCCACUCGGCGAGCCCCCCGACGACACCUGUCCAGAAGUACCGUUACCAUGACGACGACGACCAGCCGAGCCCCGGAAACAUGACCGAGGGACACGCCCCCGAGUUGCCGCGCGCACACCUGGACACGCUCGCGCAGCCCGCCGCCGCGCUCACCAUGAACGGAUCCGAAGGAGAGCUGGAGUAUGAGGAGAUCACGCUGGAGAGGGGAAACUCCGGUUUGGGCUUCAGCAUCGCGGGAGGAACCGACAACCCUCACAUUGGAGACGACCCGUCCAUUUUCAUCACCAAAAUUAUUCCCGGAGGAGCCGCCGCACAAGAUGGGCGUCUGAGGGUGAACGACAGCAUCGUGUUUGUCAACGACGUGGACGUGCGCGAGGUCACGCACUCGAUAGCCGUGGAGGCCUUGAAAGAGGCGGGGCCCGUCGUGCGGCUCUACGUCCUGAGGCGACGCCCGCUUUCGGAACACGUCACCAAGAUCAAGCUGAUGAAGGGACCUAAAGGUUUAGGCUUCAGCAUCGCCGGUGGGAUCGGCAACCAACACGUGCCGGGAGACAACAGCAUCUACGUCACCAAGAUCAUCGAGGGUGGCGCCGCGCAGCGGGACGGGCGCCUACAGAUCGGCGACAAAAUCCUCGCUGUCAACCAUUUAUCUCUAGAGGAUGUCCUGCACGAAGACGCCGUGUCGGCCCUUAAGAACACGGGCGAGGUGGUCUACCUGAAAGUGGCCACCCCCGCCUCGCAUUACAUUCACCCUUCCGAGCGAUUCAGCCCUCCGGACCUCACCGGCUCCUACAUGGAGCCGGACUACAUGUGCGAUUACCCGCAAGCCCUCCCGCCACCGUCCCCGCGCCGCUACUCUCCGCUCCGCCGCGGCACCAUGGGAGAGGACGACUACGGUCGAGAACCCCGCCGUGUGUGCGUACAGCGCGGCGCCAGUGGCCUGGGUUUCAACAUCGUGGGCGGCGAGGACGGCGAAGGGAUCUUCAUCUCCUUUAUCCUUGCCGGGGGACCGGCGGACCUUAGCGGAGAACUCCAGAAGGGCGACCAGAUCCUCAGCGUGAACGGCGUGGAUCUCCGGUUCGCCACUCAUGAACAGGCCGCGGCGGCCUUGAAGAACGCAGGUCAAAAUGUGACCAUCGUGACACAGUACAGACCUGAAGAAUACAGCCGUUUCGAAGCCAAGAUCCACGAUCUGCGCGAGCAGAUGAUGAACAGCUCGCCAGGGAGCUUGCGAGCCAAUCGCAGCUUCUACGUCAGGGCCUUGUUCGACUACGACAAAACGUGGGACUGCGGUGUCCUGUCCCAAGCACUGGACUUUAACUUUGGGGAGGUCCUUCACGUGAUCGACAGCUCAGACGACGAAUGGUGGCAGGCCAGGCGGGUCAACCAGCAGGGAGAGCUGGAGGAGUUGGGAUACAUCCCUUCCAAACACAGGGUGGAGAGAAAGGAGUGGUCCAGGAUGAAGGUUCAAGGUCUGGUGCAGAGCUACGAAGCAGUCGCGCAGACUGAAGUUGACUACGCCCGACCUGUGAUCGUUCUCGGGCCCACUAAAGACAGAGUCAACGACGACCUGCUCACAGACUUCCCGGACAAGUUCGGUUCCUGUGUUCCACAUACGACUCGUCCCCGAAGGGACUACGAGGUGGACGGGCGCGACUACCACUUUGUGUCGUCGCGCGAACAGAUGGAGCGCGACAUCCAGUCGCAUCACUUCAUCGAGGCGGGCCAGUACAACAACCACCUGUACGGCACGUCGGUGCAGAGUGUCAGGCAGGUGGCCCGGCAGGGCAAGCACUGCAUCCUGGACGUGUCGGCCAACGCCGUGAGGAGGCUGCAGGCCGCGCAACUCCACCCCAUCGCUAUUUUCAUCCGACCGCAAUCCCUGGAGAACAUCCUCGACCUCAACAAGCGUCUGUCCGAGGAGCAGGCCAGGAAAGUUCUGGAUCGAGCCAUGAAAAUGGAACAGGACUUUCUGGAGUGUUUCACGGCCAUCGUCCACGGGGACAGCUUCGAAGAGGUGUACCACCAGGUCAAAGUUGUCAUCGAGGAACAGAGCGGCCCUUACAUUUGGGUGGUGACCCGCGAGCGGCUCUGAUGGAUCGGCUGCGAUCCCCUUCGUCCCCUUGCCCCUCCCGUGCGCAUGUUGCGUAUCCAUGGCGACACCGGAGCGGGACAAGUAUGAUCAGUGUAGAGUGUAGGUAACGUGUUUAUAUUCUGCUAUUUAUUUAUGGAUUGAUUGAUGGAUGUGCUAUACACACUGUGUGCGUGUGGAAAUACUACAAUGGGGCUCAAACACACUCACACACAUAUACACACACAGUGAAUUCAGGGCUUUGAGAUCACACGAUGCUUUGCUUUGAGCACAACACGUUCAUGUCCCACCCCCUACCGAUGAACUACGUAUCCCACAAUCCCUUAGUGCAACGACAACAACAACACUGUGGCCACCUCAACCUGUACAGCACAGAGACUCCGUGAGCUAAGGACUGUAUAUUACCCAAUGAGUUCCCCCUGCGUCCACUCCGCGCCAGGAAAAACGGCGAACAAAUUCGUGGACAUCUUGGAAUAAAUUGCUAAGAAAAGACGUCUCUCGACUCGUCACUCCGCGCAAACGGGACGGAAUACCGCAACGAUUCAGUGCACCAGUAGUGGAAAAAAGAAAAAGGCAACACGACAAAGUCUCAAAAGUUUAUUUGUGAAAUGCAAAGCAAAGGAAUGAAGGUUCAUCUGAUUUUGAGCUACAAUGAUCGUGAUUUAUAUAGUUUUACCUAAAGCGGACUGAUUUCCUACUGAUCUGUUCCUGUGAAGGUUAGACUUUUUUAGAGACUGCUAAAAAAGAAUUUGGCAUAUGGCAAAAUGAAUUUUGGCAUAUGGCA